GGGUAGAAUAACGUGUGUCCGUGCGUGCCCAAUCGUGACUUUUCUUCCGUUUUUCUCCCUCCGUGCGCGCCCGUCCCUCUUCUGUGUAAUCAUUGCGCGACAUUGUGCGACGUUAUGAGAUUCGCAACGAGAGAAAGGUGAAUGAGAGAGCGAGACGAGUGAACAAAAUGUGUGCGUAGUCGAGCAUUACUGGCGUUGUGUGAAAAUUUGCAUCGAGAUUCUUUCUCUCUCUUCCUCGCUACACAUUCGACUGCUGCGCAGCGGCGACUCGCUCCUGAAAUCGAGCAAGCGAAAAUCCCCGUGUGCGCGUUUUUCGUUGCGUUGAAUACGCGAGCUGUGCAGCGUCAGCAUUGUGUGCGUUCUCUCCGGUGGGUCUCGACGGGGAAAACCGUCUCCGGGCUUGAGAACCUGAAACUCCGCACGCCGAGCAACAUCGUAAUCCGAAGCGUUCCUGGCGUGUUGUGUGCGGCUGCGACGCGAACGCGCCUAUCACGAUGAUCGACUUAACAGUCAAGACCCUGGAUUCUCAGAAUCACGUCUUCUCCGUGGAAGACGACCAAAUCACAGUCCGCGGCUUUAAAGAAUACAUAGCCGAAUCAGUCGCGGUACCAGCCGAUUCGCAGAGGUUGAUUUAUUGCGGACGAGUGCUUCAAGACGAAAAGAAAUUAAAUGAUUAUGAUGUCAACGGAAAGGUCAUACAUCUGGUGCAACGGGCUCCGCCCCAAUCCACUCAACAGAGCAACAGUGGUGCACAGACGCAAAAUCGUCAGAACUGGCAGAACUCGCAGAGGCCGCAAUAUCGGUUCACGCGAACGCAAAUGCACGGCAAUGCCAUGUAUUUGGGUACUGCGAUGUCAGUUCCAGCAGAGAUUGUGGAGGGACAUGGUAUACCUCAGUUGAGCAAUAGUUUAUCAGGUAGUCGAUUACAUCUUGCUGGUCGAAUGCUUGAUCGCAUAAAUGAACUUUUGGAUCGAUUAGAGGAUCCCAAUGCUCCUCCGUUGCAUCCAACACCAUCUGAGCUGAAUCAAUCAACCGCACAGCAACAGCAAGCGCAGGCACAAGAAUCGGAAGCUGAGCAAAAUGAGAAUAACGAUCUCCCAAGAGACGACGGUGGCGUCAGAUUUGCUGAAGCAGCUGCAGCCGCUAUUACUGCUGCAUUAUCGGCCGCUGGUGCGCGUGCAGUAACAUUAUUUAGAGGAGGCAAUUACAAUGGCGCAAAUGGAAGAUCUACAAAUGACAUUGAUAACGAAAGUAAUGUUCAGGCACAGUCGCAACCACAGGCACAGUCGCAAUCGCAAUCGCAAUCGCAAUCGCAGUCGCACUCGCAAUCGCAAUCGCAAUCGCAAUCGCAGUCGCAGUCGCAGCAGUCGCAGCAGCAGCAGCAGCAACGAGCUCAAGGUGCUACAGAUGCAGGAGCUGCAGGUGCUACAUCAAGUAGUGCUGGACAAAACAGACGGACUCAACAGCAAGAUCUCCCGCGACCUCAGCAAAUGGCAGAAUUACUGCAGAGACUGCAUGACACUCAGUAUCGACUGAGACCUCACUUGGAGCGUUAUUUGAUGCUGAUGCUUCUCGAUCCUAGACAUCCGCCUGGGCGCGCGCCUAAUCCAAUCGCGGACAGUCAAAGAUUAGUCGACGGAGUAAGCGAGAUCUUGCAUUUUAUGGCUCACGCUUGUCACGCCUUGAGUGACAUUAUCGUUGACAUGAAUCAACGGCCGCCUAGAAACUUACGCUGUCGACCAAUACUGGUGCAGCACUUUGGUUCAGCCUUUUUGCAACCUAGUAUACCUAUUCAAGUAGAGGCUCAUAUAAGUUUGAACGGUCGCACUGCUAAUAGUAACAAUAACGACGAGACGAAUGAAUCCGGCAAUCAGCAAACGCCACAGUCGGACAACGCGGAACCGGCAACAACGCCACCGCCUACCAACACCGACGAUGGCAAUCAAGAACGGGAAUCCGAUAACACGGCACAAUCGCAGACUGAACGACCUCAAGCAGCGCAAUCGCCUUUCAGUACAGUAUUCAAUUUGCCGAAUAACGUCGAAGUGCUGAUGGAAGUUAGCUCAGAGAAUAACAUCGAUGGCGGGUCAGGCAAUGAACAGACCGCACCGAGUAACGAUAACAACAAUGGUAGGAUGAAUUCAUUUCCACCGGGAUAUUUACUGCGAAAUUUCAUACACACCAUGGCUGCCGCGCAUAUGGCGCACAGCGGUAUGAACAUAAGCACGAGAAAUCCGCCUGCUACCACCACUGCGGGAACUCAAAAUAUUCUCUCCUCGAUGGAUAGUGGAAGCACGAAUACUAGUCAGAGUACUCAAGCACGGUAUAACAUUCGCCGUAAUCGUAUUUUUCUAGGUAACACCGGUACUCAUCCUACCACCGCCACGCAAACUCGAAGUACGUCGCGACCGCACGUGUUCCAUCACCAUGCUCAUCCGGUUGGUCCUGGCAUGAGCAUCGGAUUGGGUCUCGAGUUCGAUCCUUAUCUUCCGUGUAAUUCGCAUCAUGUUUAUCGCACUCCGGCGAGCGCCACGUCCAGCGCCACAACGGCAACAGCUUCUUCACAAACAACUCAAACAUCUAUGUCGGACGCUCAGAAUCAAACAAGUCAAACCGCAACCACUUCAACCACAACCACCAGUGCCACACCCACAAAUACAACAUCGACAAACACAGAGACGACUAGUAGUAAUCCUUCCGUAAAUUUGUCGCAACCGAGUCAAUCGGCAGGCGCUCAAUCGCAGACUGACAUUAACAUAGACGGCAUCGAUGAGGACGAUAUCGCUCCAAACCUGGUAGAAGAUAUUAGAAACAUGAUGUUAGCUCUGAGUGAUCAGAUGCGAGGAGGAAUGCUAAGUGAAAGUUCUAUGGGAAUGAGCCUUACUCUGGCCGGUUUGUUUGAGAACGCUGGACUGUCUAUGGAUCUUUUCGCGUCGCCCGAAUCCGGCGAAAGGGACACUUUCCUCGUCGAUCUCUUUAUAACUUUGGCGCGAAAUAUGUCUGUGGACGGAUUAAUCAGACUGCGAAAUGGUCUGUGGGGACCUCUUUCUCGUCUUCGGUGGCCGCUGCAAGUCUUCCUGCAGGAUACAUUCCCGAACGCUCCGUCCUCGACCGUUCUUCAAGAGCAAGUGAUCGACCGUCUAUUGUCUCAACUGCGUCCUCACAUCCGGAAUCUUCUUACGUCCGAAGAAAUCAGCAGCAGGAAUGACUCCAACGUUGAUCUUUGCGCAACCAUUGAAUCGCUAAUCGUUCGUCACACGAGAAGCAUACUUAAAAUUCUAUUUGAUAAUGAAAUCGAUAAUGCGACAUUUGGACGGGAGAUGUUGAAGAUUGUGACUAAUUUAUGCAAACAAGUCUGCAUCGUGCUGCGACAUACUUUGCGCGGCGGUGAAGCUGGAAUGGAAGCGAUCGUAACGCGUUUAGUGGAUUUGAUGGACGGUGGCAAUUCCACUCUCCGUCAGUGGGUGCUGGAAAUAUUUAUCAACUUGCUCCGUACUUAUUUGUCGUCCUUGUCGCAACCUCCGGAUGCGGAAAUCACACCAAUUUUGAUUUACAAGGACGCAUCAUCAUCUCAGCAAUCGACAACAGUAUCUUCAGCUUCGACCCGUCAACCUGCACAAGCAUCGCAACCCGAAGACGAGCCAAUGGAAACCGAAUCUCUGGAACAACAGCCAACACGCGAAAGACUAGUACUUGAAGAUCGAGAAGAAAUAUUAGGAACAUUUCCCGGACACGAAACUUUACCAUCGGAUUGGGUGCCGAUUAUCGCGCGCGACGGCGUGAGGCAACGUCGACAGUUGGAGACGCAGGUACUAAUGCCCAAAGCCGCAUGUAUGACGACAUGUAGCGACGCGUACCUGGGCGGUUUGCCGAGCAAACGUCGCAAGUUGGUCGAGCAGCAGAAGCCGCGGCUUCUAGUCAGCCCCACGCCGAAUCACACCUCGACGAUCGCGGCGUCUGUGGAGCGACUGAUCAGAGAGGGAGUCGGUCGCGCCGGCGUCGAUGAAGUCGAGGGCGCCGCCGUGGCCGUUGCGGCGGAUCCCGCUGUGCAACGCGCCUUCGGUCAGGCGAUCAGGGACUGCUUGUUUCCGUAUCGAUAUGGCACACCGGACUUUCCGGACCCGUCGCGCUUUCCCAACGCGACCAAGUACUUUGCAAAUCAAGACCGCCCGCCGAAAUAAUAAUUUAUACGGGAAGGUAUAUCACAUUUCGAUACGCAUAAUUGAAUUUUACAGUACAUUAGGCUAAUUCGAAUAUAGCUGCAAGUAUAGUAUACAUUGUGUAAUCUCGAGAGAGAGAGAGAAAGAGAAAGAGAAUUGACGCAAGAAACACCAGUUUCGUAAAUUAUACAUCUUAUAAUUUCAUAAAGAGAAAGAUAUUGAUACCUUCAGAAUAUAAGAAUAUUUUUUUGACAAAUCUAACGGCUGAUCGAGAUGGGGGGGUGCUGAGAUGCGCCUACAUGUACGGUAGCUCCUCUUAAACUCGGAAGAUCGAAGCGCGCCCAGGUUUGAUAAGUAAAUCGGAGUACUUGCGCCUAAAACCACAACUAUAAUUUGUUGCUCUAGAAGAAAAAAGGAUUGUUAACCUGUAAAGUGAGUUUACCUUUUUGUUUUAUAAUGAUAAAGACACAAAUUAGGAGAGUGAAGAUUCUUUUGAGUAAGAGGAGCUACUGUAUUAUUAUUAUCUAUGUAUGUAUUCAUAUCAAUAUCCGCUUUGAUAGUGUCACUGUUAGUGUUCAGGUUAAGUUUAUGAUUGAUACGAUAAGCAACUCUUGAAAUAUGUCUCCGAAUUCGAAUUUUCUAUUAUGUACUUCGCGAAGGAAAAAAUCAACUAUGAAUUAAAAAAAAACACGAGCAACCUGUGUAUAUACAUAGUUGUAAAAAUUGUUAGGUAUACAUCCAUCUAUUUAUAGUUUCUGCACCUCUUAGUUUUCUCAAUUGUCUUUCUCACUUGCAAGAUUCUCUCUUUUUUCUUAUUAUAUUCGUCUUUCUCUCGUUAGAUUUUUUUUUUCCAUUUUUCCUCGCUCGCUCUUGCGAAAGUCUGUAAACAAUAAUUGACAUUUUUGCGGAAAAAAAAAACAUCUCGCAAAUGCGCUUGCCAGUUCGUUCUGCGAGAUUAUCGAAGCAAACAAAUGUCAAUCAUUUGGUUCACGCGACUGCACGCCAGAAAUUUAGAGCGAGUGUGUAAGUAAUUAUAAUCCUGAACCAUUUUUUUAGUUUUCUUAAAAGCGUAGGUCUGACGCAUUUUACUUGACUUUAAAAAUAUUUACAAAACUUUGAAAAACUUUUCUGGCAUUUUUUUUCUACCAAUGUGUCCUAUUUUUUUUUUUUAACGGAAAAAAACAGUUUUACAUAAUUUAUUUUUAAUGACUUUUUAAGGAAGUUUCGAAAGAUGCCGAACAAAGCAGAUCAUCAGAGGUUCAGAAUUAGUGUUAGAAAAAUAGACAGAAUUUGUUAUGUUUUUUUCUUUUUAUAAUUACACGUAUCUGAUAAUGUAAAAUCUUCGUUGAAAGCGGACGCGCGUAUGUCACAACAGACAAAUACACAAAUUUAUAUGACGCACGCGGUCAAACUCUAUCUCACAAACAAAUUCUUACGUAUCGGAUGUUUUGUGUAGAUAAGCAAUUGUUCGACAUCCGAUGGCUUGGGAGAAGCUUUUUUUUUUCGAAGCGACGCAUAUUCCACGAGUAAAAUACGAUGAAGAGUAGCAAAAGUACACAUCUAUCUGUACGAUAUGCGUGACCAUAAUAACACUGUAUAUGUGGAGUAAGUUAAUCGUUGUAAUAACCAAUUAUACGAAGAAACAAAGAAAAUAAUAAAGUUGUGUAUCCCUUUUU